AUAUAGUCAUGUGUGAUCUUGUUUGAUUUGUCUUAACAUAUAGAUUAUUAAUAUAUAAUUUCUAUAAUUUUUUAAUAUACAAAUUACAAGAUAAAAUGGAUUAAAGAAGUGUAUUGGAUGGUGUGCAAAAAUGAAAGUGGACAAAUAUAAUGGGACGAAGUGAGUAUUAGACUAUAUACAUCGGGACAAAUGGUACAACUUAUAUGGUCCCUAGAUGUUCCAUUCAGAAUUGAGACAAAACAGUUUCGGGACAAAAAUAAAUAAAUCUCAAAUAAAACAGCACAAUAGAACAUUUAGGAAUGGGACAAUGGGAACCCGUUUCAUACCCACCCCAAACAAAUCAUGACCCGAAUCCGAAAUUUAGAAUCAUGCCCCAACCGGAAUCCUAGGCCUUCAGCGGCGACUCUACGAGCGACGUUCCUUCCGGCGGCAAAUUAGCUCCCUCUCGUGCGCCGGCCAAUAACAGUAAGGGCUUGUGGUAGAAUGUUGCUGCUCAACAUGGGUUUUGAGAUUCUUGCACAUGUUACGAAAAUGGGUCAUUAUGAGGAUAGAUUUGUGCAUAAUGCUUGUGUUCAUUUCUUGGUGUGUUGUGGGGAGUUUAAAGUUGCAGAGAAGGUCUUUGGUGAAAUUUGUGUGAGAGAUGUUGUUUUGUGGAAUUCAUUGAUUAAUGGGUAUGUAAAGAGUGGUAGACCUUGUGAGGCGCUAAGGGUUUUUAGGGAUAUGAGACUUGAGGGCAUUGAGCCUGAUGAAAUCACUAUGAUAGGAAUGGCUUUAGCUUGUGGGCAGCUUAGAAGUUUGGAACUUGGGAUGGAGUUUCAUAGAUAUGUUGUGAAGGAAAUGAAUUUUUCUUUGCGUCUUUGUAAUUCUUUUUUGGACAUGUAUGUGAAAUGCGGGGACAUUGGUAAAGCAAAGGCUCUGUUUGGUAGGAUGAAUGAAAGGACUGAUGUCACUUGGACUACUAUGAUUGUUGGAUAUGCAAUGUUUGGAUUUUUACAGGAUGCUAGAAAGUUGUUUGAUGAGUUUCCACAGAAGGGCAAUGUUGUCACUUGGAAUGUGAUGAUUGGAGGCUAUGUGAAGGCCAAUUGUGGGAAAGAGGCUCUGGCUUUGUUUCAAGAAAUGCAAGCAAUGAAUAUUAAGCCUGACGAGGUGACCAUGGUUUGCUGUUUAUCAGCUUGCUCACAACUAGGAGCUCUUGAAAUUGGAUGUUGGAUUCAUCAUUACAUCAAGAUCCACAACCUCUCUCUUAAUGUCUCUCUCGGAACUGCUCUAAUUGAUAUGUAUGCUAAGUGUGGCAAUGUUGAGAAGGCAGUUCAGGUUUUCCAUGAGAUGCCCGUAAAAAAUGCUUUGACUUGGACGGCUAUGAUUGGUGCUCUAGCACUUAAUGGAGAUGCACACAAUGCUUUAUCCCAUUUCAGAAUGAUGGUUGAUGAUGUCGGUCUUGCACCAGAUGAUGUCACAUUUCUUGGGGUCUUGUUGGCGUGUCGCCAUGGAGGUUUAGUCACCGAGGGCCGUAAAGUAUUUGCUGAAAUGACCUCUAGGUUCAAAAUUCCCCCGAAAUCUAAACAUUAUUCUUGCAUGGUUGACCUUCUUGGCAGGUCCGGCUUGCUAAAUGAGGCAGAGGCACUAAUUACGAGCAUGCCAAGUAAUGCAGAUGCCUCUGUUUGGGGAGCACUCUUUUCUUCUUGCCAAACUCAUAGAAACAUUGAAUUGGGUGAAAAGGCGGCUCUGAAACUUCUUCAGUUGGAUCCAGAUGAUAGUGGGAUUUAUGUUCAACUUGCCAACAUGUACAUUGAAGCAAACAUGUGGCAUAAAGCUCGGGAAGUGAGGAAGAUGAUUAGUGAAAGAGGGUUAGAGAAAACUCCCGGCUGCAGUUCCAUUGAAGUGAAUGGUGACAUUUUUGAAUUUACUGUUAGAGACGGGUUGCACAUGCAGUCAGAUAAAAUUCGUGAAUGUCUGAUGCAAUUGGCAAGACAAAUGGGACAUCAAGAUUGAGUACUGAAUAUUCCUUUGCUUUAAAUCGGUAGGCAAUAUUCUCUUCAACUCAAGAAGUACAACAACAACAAGUUAAAGUUAGAAGUAAGCAUAAGGGUCUUUAACAAAUUUUGGCGCCGUUGCCGGGGAAGUUUUGUAUGAAAUCACUUUAGUAUGCCAUUGUGUUCUUUUUUUUGUGUUAGUAAGAAUGUCGUAGUACCUCUUUUCUUGAGUUUUAAUUUUUUUUUCCAUGCCUAUUCGUAGAAUUGAGGUUAAGCGUGUUAGAAGUACCAUA